AUGUCCGCCAAUGCGCCAGCGCUCGCAUCGGAGCAAAGCCAGCAAACGGGCAGCAGUAGCUACAAACCCCGCUAUAUAGAUAUAGGCAUCAACCUCACGGAUGCUGUCUACAGCGGGGAGUACCACGGCACGCAACGGCACCCAUCGGACCUCUCAUCGGUCAUCGAACGUGGGCGGGAAGCAGGAUGCCGGAAGCUGAUAGUGACUGGCUCUGAUCUAAAAGAAUCAAUACAUUCACUCGAGUUAUCUAAAGCCUAUCCCGGGACGAUUUACAGCACCAUAGGCGUGCACCCCUGCUCAUGUCUCCAAUUCACAACCCACGAGCCUUCCUCCGCACACCUCCUCUCCAGCCUCCGCACCCUAGCCCUCGAAGCAAAAGCCUCGGGCCACUGCGUGGCAUUCGGUGAAAUUGGUCUUGAUUACGAUAGGUUAACCUUAUGCCCCAAGGACGUGCAACUCGAAUAUUUCGCCGCCCAACUAGACGUAGCAGUCGAAGUUGGUCUUCCGCUCUUCCUGCAUAGUCGAGCGGCGCACGCGGAUUUCAUUCGAUUGCUGAAGGAGAGGGAGGAAAAGCUGCCUAAGAAAGGUGUCGUGCAUAGCUUCACGGGGACGAUGGAGGAGAUGCAGGAAUUGGUUGAGGAGGGCUGGUCUGUUGGCGUUAACGGGUGCUCGUUGAAAACUACUGAAAAUUUGGAGGUUGUGAAGGCUAUACCAUUGGAUAAGAUUAUGUUGGAGACGGAUGGCCCUUGGUGUGAGAUAAGGCCUAGUCAUGCGAGUGCAGCGUAUGUCAAGGACUUUGAUGGCGAUAAGUGGAAGUGGGUUAAGAAGGAGAAGUGGGUGGAUGGGGCAUUGGUUAAGGGGAGGAAUGAACCGUGUAUGAUUGGGAAGGUUGCGUGGGCUGUGGCGGGCAUUAAGGGGAUUAGUGUGGAGGAGUUAGUUGAGGCUGCGUGGGCCAACACCGUGGCUAUGUUUAAGCUGGAGGAUUGA